AUGCCGCGCCAACGAUCUUUUCUUUCAUCCGUAUUGAAGGGACGUCGCAAUACACCAACAUAUUACAGUGGCCGCGGUGAUAUGGCGGGGAAUCCCGAUAUUUUAGCGGAGGCGGCGUGCUGCGGCCGGCCUGAUGCGGAAUGGGCGUGGCUGAGGCUUUUGUGUUUUGUGUGUGUUUCCUCCACUGUUGGGGUGUGGCUUUGGCAAGUGUACUUUUAUAAACAGGCAAUGUUCUUCAAAGAUGAGCCCUGGUCACCCUUUAAGAAUUAA